CAAGAAUUACCUGAGUUGUACUCUUAAGUUCUUCCCCUAACCUUUCUUUUUUUCUUUUUCAAAAAAUGGCAAGAAUGUCUCAAGAACCACUCAUUGUUGGUAGAGUGAUAGGUGAAGUUCUUGAUUCCUUUACCACAAGCAUGAAAAUGACUGUUAGUUACAACAAGAAACAAGUCUUCAAUGGCCAUGAGUUUUUCCCUUCCUCUAUCAACAUCAAACCCAAAGUUGAGAUUGAUGGUCCUGACAUGAGAUCCUUCUAUACACUGGUGAUGACAGACCCUGAUGUUCCUGGCCCUAGUGAUCCUUAUCUCAGAGAACACUUGCACUGGAUUGUGACAGAUAUUCCAGGAACAACAGAUGCUACAUUUGGGAAAGAGAUUGUUAGCUAUGAAAUUCCAAAGCCAAAUAUAGGAAUACACAGGUUUGUGUUUGUUCUAUUCAAACAAAAGGCAAGAGAUUCAGUGAGAGCAACACCAUCUUCAAGGGAUCAUUUCAACACUCGUAGCUUUGCUUCACAGAAUGAUCUUGGUCUUCCUGUUGCUGCUGUUUACUUCAAUGCUCAGAGAGAAACCGCUGCAAGAAGACGCUAGUUUUAGCUACUAGCAUCCAGCACCUAUGAUUAAGCAAGGUUAAUUAAUUAAAUAGUUAUUAAUUAUAAUAAAUAAAGUGAUUAAUAGUAAUAAUAUAUAAUAGUAUAGUAUACAUGCUAUAAACCUAGUUUGGUCUGUUUUUUACGUACUUGUGUUGCAGAAAGGGAAUCAUUUUCUGUGUGUUGUUAGUUACUGUCCAUUGGAUAUAUAUAUUAUUGUACUGUGUCUUUGUUAUGUGUCGUGUCGUGUGUGUAUCAAAGUAGUAAUCUUUUAACUUGUUUUAUUAUACAUAUCAAGAAAUAAGAGAAGUUGUUGU